CCAACCGGGCAUGGCCAUGGCGUCCCCGGCCAUUGGGCAGCGCCCCUACACACUUCUCUUGGACCCCGAGCCUCCGCGUUAUCUGCCAAGCCUGAGCGGCCCGGAGCCGCAGCCCCACGGCCGCUCCUCUCGCCGCUGCGUCCCCGCGGCCCUCUCCACCGCGCCCGGAGCGCACGAGGGGCCCGGCGCCCGCCGGGGUACCCGGGGGGAUCCCGAGUCCCAGUCUAGAGUCUCGCGACCUGCUCGCCCUCUCCGGCCCGGUCUGCAGCAGAGACUGCGGCGGCGGCCUGGAGCGCCCCGGCCCCGCGACGUGCGGAGCAUCUUCGAGCAGCCACAGGAUCCCCGAGUCCCGGCGGAGCGAGGCGAAGGACACCGCUUCGCGGAAUUGGCCCUGAGGGGCGGUCCAGCCUGGUGCGACCUGUGCGGACGCGAGGUGCUGCGGCAGGCGCUGCGCUGCGCUAACUGCAAGUUCACCUGUCACCCUGAGUGCCGCAGCCUCAUCCAGCUGGACUGCAGUCGGCAGGAGGGCCCAGCACGGGACAGACCCUCCCGGGAGACCAUCCUCACCCCGGCCUUCAGCCAGAAUGUCUGCAAGCCUGUGGAGGAGACACAGCAGCCGCCCCUACUGCAGGAGAUCAAGCAGAAGAUCGACAGCUACAACAGCCGGGAGAAAAACUGUCUGAGCAUGAAGCUGAGCGAAGAUGGUACCUACACGGGUUUCAUCAAAGUGCAUUUGAAGCUUCGGCGGCCAGUGACAGUGCCUGCUGGGAUCCGGCCUCAGUCCAUCUAUGAUGCCAUCAAAGAAGUGAACCUGGCAGCCACCACAGACAAGAGGACGUCCUUCUACCUGCCACUGGAUGCCAUCAAGCAGCUCCACAUCAGCAGCACCACCACAGUCAGUGAGGUCAUCCAGGGGCUGCUCAAGAAGUUCAUGGUUGUGGACAAUCCCCAGAAGUUCGCACUUUUUAAGCGGGUACACAAGGACGGACAAGUGCUCUUCCAGAAGUUGUCUGUGGCCGACUGUCCCCUCUACCUACGCCUGCUUGCGGGGCCUGACACAGAAGUCCUUAGCUUCGUGCUUAAGGAGAAUGACACUGGAGAGGUGGAGUGGGAUGCCUUCUCCAUCCCUGAGCUCCAGAACUUCCUCACAAUCCUGGAAAAAGAAGAGCAGGACAAAAUCCAACAGGUGCAGAAGAAGUACAACAAGUUCAGACAGAAGCUGCAGGAAGCCUUGAGAGAAUCCCAGGGUAAACCUGGCUAACUGGUCUUGCUUCCUCUUCCCAGUUCCCUUGAAUUUAUUUUUAUUAUUAUUAUUUUGGAAGACACUUUUUCUCAGGACAUCUCUGGUGGGGGCCUUUGUGUCUGCCGAGUGACUCCAGAUAUGGCACAAAGCCCCUGCCAUGGACAAGGGUUUGGGCAGGGGUCAAUUCCUGCCCCCACCACCGGCUCCUUGCCCCUCGACAGACUCUGCCAAGGAUGGAUCAGAACCCGUGUGGAGCCAACAGUGUUGCCCUCGCUCAGUCUGCAAGCCUUUUCCAAACCAAAAAUAAGCUGCCUCUCUGGUCACCAAACUGGAACCUAUGGCACCAGCCAGCAGAAGGAAAGAAAAAAGGUUUUAGAGAUGUGUUCUUUCUUUGACCCCUCUUCCCUGUCUCUUUCAUUUGCCCCUUGCAAUACCUUUAUUUAUUCACUCUGCAGCAGGUCUGAGCUCAGGCCCUGAAGGCGGGGGAAUGCUCAUAAGGAUGGCCCUGCCAUCUCAUGCUGUGAGCUUCCCGGUAGUAACCAGUCACUGAGCCUGUUCAGGGCACCAGAGGUCCGAGUCUGCAGAGAAGCUGCACCCCACCCCCCAAUCGCCUGAGACAGAGAACGUGUGAACCCAGAGGCAUGUGUCUGCAAGUGUUUGUCAAUAGCUAGUUUUGUUUGCUUUUUGUAGUACUGGGGAUAGAACCCACACUUUUGCACUGAGCUAUAUCCCUAGCCCUUUUUUGUUGUUUUGUUUUGAGACAGUGUCUUACUAACGUAACUAAGCUCCCCAGCCUGGACUAGAAACAAGGUCCUGCCUUGGCCUCCCAGAGUGCUGAACAGCUAUUUGAAGUUACAGAUCUGGGGCUGAUCUUAUCAUCAUCCUCAUGUUCUGCCAAAGGGAACCAGUCAUUUGCCAUUUUAAGUCUCCCGCUGAGUCAGAAAACCAGACAGUAAGAGAAAGCCAAAAAGUGCUGCAGAGGAAUGUCCACGCUGUCCUCAGCCAUCCCCGAGCUAGAGCACAGAGGAGGGCCUGGCUGCCUUGGUGUCCUCCUUAGCCUCCAGCACUGCGUCCCUCUGCCUGCUAGGACUACAGGAUUUCCAGGUGCUGCCCAAGGAGUGGCCUUGAUUACAGAGGGGUCCUCCAACUCAGCCAAAUCGGAGUCCUUUCUGUUGUGAAGCUCGGCCAGCCCACGGCCCUAUGCUUAGGGAACUUGUGGGUCUGGCCGCCCCAUUGACCUCAGUGCCUUUUUGUUUUCAGAGAGAGAUAGGAGUAGGAUGUGUUUGCUCAAAGCUCUGCUGCUGGCUUGCUCCUUGUGGGAAGUGGGCAGUGGUGGUGUGGGAGAUACAGUUGAGCGCCUCCACACCACGGGGGACGAGGGUCACAUACUUUCCCAUCUAGGUACUGGGCUUUGACUCUAAGAGGCAGUAUCAUAUCACACUGACAGGGAGGACCAGCUUCCUGGCUGAACACUGGAAAUGGCUCCUUGUGUAUGUCUGAACUAAAAAAAAAGUUACCCAGAUAAUAUCAGCAAGUCGCCAGGACUGCAGAUACUCCAAUGCAGAGGGAGGACUGUCACUCCAAUCCGGCUUCUGAGUGACCAUUUCUUUGAUGCCCUCUGCCUUCCCAAGCCCCUCAUGGGCUGGCUGGAGCCCACACUCCUCCAUGUAGCCUCAGACCUCCCCUCUCUAAGUCCGAGUCCACAAGGCCCUGAUCCCAGAGGAAUGCUGACCCUUCUUAUACAAAUUGUGCUUCACCUUCAGAGCUUCAGAGCCACCUGAGCUAGCAACUCUGAUUUUUUAAAGUCACUAAAACCCUGGUACCUGCCAUCUCAUGCUCAGCCUUGUCAUUUCCCUCCCUUAAAAAGUCUCUCUCCCUGCCAUAUAGUAAAGGGAGCAAGUGGAGAGUCCUUCCUCAGCCCUGCAUGUCUCUAUGUGAAGGCUCCUGCUGCAACCACCUCGAAUGCUGCUCAGAACCUUCCUCAACGGGAUAGCUAUUUUAUUUUUGAGAAGGAAAGCAAAUCAUGUACAUAUAUACAGAAAGGCAUAUAACUAUAUAGGAAAUAAUGGUUCUUUAUGAAAGAAGAAAAUUAUGGGAAAACUCAGACUUUCACGCACAGUUAACCCCAGGGCCUAUGCUGAGGUUUGCGCCCUCUGGAAAGUGUAUAGAGCUUCCAUUCCUCCUGGAGGUGGGUGUAACUGCUGGUAGUGCCUUCCACAGUUGUGUUGCUCAGUGUAUGUUAGUGUUAUGACUAUUUUCUUUUCAAAUGUCUUUCUUCUUUGGGUUUUAAAAAAAGAAAUAAAAGCUUGUAAAAUGAUUCACAACUGAAA